AUGUAUUUGGAUAAAACUAAAAAAUCUUUUAAUUUUCAAAUUGUAGAAUCAAGUGAAGAUAAGAUGAAUCUUAAAACUAAGGCAGCUAACAAACUAGAUAUGGUACUUGAGAAGAAGGACAGUAAAAAAAGUAAUAAUAAAGAAGAGGAUGCUAAUAUGAUAGAGAAUAACUACGAAGAGAAAGUUGAUGAAAUGUAUAAAAAAAAGAUGAACUAUGUAGCUGAAGAGGAAGUUGAUGAAAUGUAUAAAAGAGAUAUUAAAGAGGCAGACCAGAUAAAUAGAAUAAAAUUUGAAGAGAUAGAGGAUGAAGAAACUAGCAUCAUAGAAAAAAUGAGAAAGAAAAAAAUUCAAUUUGAUACUUUAUUAAUCUGUGAAGCUUUCAAACUGAAUUUAUUUAAAGAACAAGAA